AUAGAAGAAGUAAGGGACCUGACAAUUCCAUUUCCGUCUUCUUGUUUCCUACUCUGGCGUGCGUGCGAGGACGAUCCAUGGAACGGAUGGGGAGAACGUGGAGGUGAGGAGCGCACCGUUCUUGCCUCUUCAAUUUGCUGCAGAUAUUGGAUGCGAGGACGGGGAAACAGCGAAGUGGAACCUCCCGCCUUCACUUGGGUACCUUAGGCACAAGUCACUUCUUGCUGCUUUCCAAGAUAUUAAAACCUUCGAAGGAACACCACGUCCAUCUGCCUCCGAACUUUGCACUCUUUUCAGGCAGUCCACUGCAGACACGAUGGCGUACAACCCCUAUCCCUCCGGCAGCGCCAACGCCAUAGCCUCACCCGCACACAUCAAAUGCAAGGAUUGCAACAUCAAGAAGCCCAAGUCUGCCUUCUCCAAGAAGCAGCUCGCAGAUCUUGCCACGCACAUGCAGCGCAAGCCAUUCUUCAAGCCUGAGAUCCAGGGCCACGUCAUCUGUAUCGGCUGCUCUCCCAAGCAAGUCGUCGAGCUGCACUGUCUUAUCUGCGACCUUGACAAGGGACUUGACAGAUUCUCGAAAGCUCAACGCAAGACUCCAGACACCGCGAUUUGCUGGUCUUGUGCCCAGGAGAGAGACAACUACGAGCCUGGCGAGCAGGACGGUGACCGAAGCAGCGGCGGCAGCGACUUUGACGAGAGUGAUGCCAGCGACGAUACUUACAGCGUUGCAGACACUGUCAGCAAUUCAGUGCGCAGCACCCUUCCAGCCACUCUCUCCUCGCGCGGCGGCGUCUCGCUUCCCAGCACCAGCAAUGCCCCGACUAGUCGCGGUGGUGGUUGGGGUUCAAGUUCGAGCGCUGCAAGCACUACUACUACGUCCACCGCUGCAGGUGGUGCUUUCCAGAGCGUCACUAGUCGCUCGAACAUGACAGCUUCCUCUACCGUCUUUCAAGCUUCCAAGUACAAACCGAGCGCCGCCUCGACGCCAGUCAAAACUGGUGGAGCCGCGUUUGCGAAAGUCAAGGCAAAACCCCGCACCGUCCGCUACGAUGUGAACAACGAAGACCGCCAGCAUCACAGCGGCGGCGAGGACGACGACGUCAAUCUUACGGACAGCGAGUAAGCGCUAAGCAGCCGACCUCCGCCACGAGCAGGCGAUACGGUGCUUCAAAGUCCGAUCGCAAAGUCGGUCACUUGCGGGCCC